CUUCUCUUUCGACUACUGAAGCUAAGGGAGUCAUGGAAGUGACCAUGGAGUUGGAAGAUGAUGUGUUCUUCGCCGACUUGAGCAAGCAAAUAUCACUUCUUAUCAUGGACGACGAUGAAGAGGAUCGAACCACACGCUGUCCUCCGGUUUCUCUCCAGGCUUUCACCCACACCUACCAUCCAAGUGUGCUCUCUCCUUUGUUGUAUGAACCAAGUUGUGGAAGAGAAAGCAAGGGAACUGGAGUUUUCAUUCCCAGAUCAUCUUUGCCCAGAAGGAAGAACAGACAGGGAAGAUAUACUUCAUUUAACUCCAAAUCCUGCAAACAGACUGAUAAAUCAAAAGGAGCUUCUCAUGUAACCUAUAGGAAUGACUCAUCUUGUAAUUCUUUUAACUCCAAGAAGAGCUGAAGAAGAGAAGAAACUCCAAGGAGUUGUAUACUUAAAUAAAUUCCACUAAUUACAGUUUAUGUUCUAUUAGUUUAAGGUCUUUCUCUCCAUUGUGUUUCUGUACAUUAAAAUAGAUUAGUUUCUCUUUGGAUUUGAGUGGGGAGUUUGGGGUUUUUUGUUUUUUUUUUAAAAUUUGAGGAGGUCACCUAAGGUUUACACCUCUUCUCUUAUGAAGUAUGUAUGGUUGUUAUUUAGACUGAUAA